AAAAGCAUCUUUAGAUUAUUCAGAAAAUUUAAAAUGGAAUAUUUAAGUGAAACAAUAGAGAUAUGUGAUGUUUUCUUAUUAUAAUCCAAAUUCAUUGGCAUAACAUUUUGAUCUAGAUACUGCGAGUGAAACCAUUAGGUCAUCGAGUCAGCGAAAAUGAGUCGCAUUCAGUGGCGUCUGAGAGAGUUCCCAAAGAAACUAGCAAAUUGCAUUCGCUUCCGAUAUCACUACUCCCUGCAAUGUAUCCGCUCACUAACAUACAAUCACCAUAUGAGUCAGUCCUACGCGUCGGACGUUUGCCUGGAACCGAUCUUUUGGUUCGUGGACAACUUUACCCAUCUACUAGGGCCGUUCUUUGUAUUCGCCGUGGUUUGCCUGACGGCCGCCGUUGUCAUCAUUUGCUACUGGAUCGGCUUACCUUACUGGUGGAACAAGAGUCCAAACACGACAUACUUCCUGCUGAUCGUGGGCAACUGGUUGCUGGCGAAUGUGGCUUAUAAUUUCUACAAAGCGACAGUAACAUCUCCAGGGUAUCCGCCGGAGAAGGAACUGAUAGUCGAGGCUGUGAGUAUCUGUAAGAAAUGUAUCGCUCCAAAGCCUCCGCGGACCCAUCACUGUUCGGUGUGCAACCGGUGUGUUCUGAAGAUGGACCAUCAUUGUCCUUGGCUCAAUAAUUGCGUGGGUUAUGGAAAUCAUCGGUACUUUUUCCUUUACAUGCUCUACACAACGGUGGGAGUAUUGUUCAUUAUUGCCUUCGGUUUCGAACUCGGGUACAAUGUAUUAAUCGUGGGAGACGGGGAAGGCUGGAACGAGGUAGAGCCACUGCAUGGGCAUCCGGUUCGCUUCAAUUUGUCCGGGCAUAUAAUUCCUGUGACUGAGAUGAACGAUUACGUGGACGAUGGACUAGCUCCUGCGCAGCACGAUCUACCCGUCCCGCAGGAGUACAGUAGCAAUGCAGCGAAACAUCGAGCAAUUAUUUUUAUGGCUCUAAUUAAUGUGGCUACGCUAUUCGCCUUGGGAGCUCUUACCUCAUGGCAUAGUUCCCUGAUCACACGGGGAGAAUCCAGUAUUGAAGCACACAUCAACAAAUCAGAAACGAAACGACUCUCUGCGCUUGGAAAAACCUAUCAAAAUCCGUACGAUUUUGGUGCUAGGCGAAACUGGAGACUUUUCCUGGGAUUGGUUCGUAAACGAACUUGGUGGCGGCACAUUCUGCUCCCAUCAGGUCACAAACCUGAAGGUAAUGGUCUCACCUGGCUAACUGUCAACGAUUUCAUAGCAAUCGGCGGAGACGAUGAAUGGCCGUAGUCUACUCUAGGGUGUGAUAUUAAUGUAAUUCCAGUGUAUACCUACUAGUCCUACUUCCACUUGAAAGGGUAUGUUGCAUUUCUUU